AUGAUUUCCGUGAUCUUCUUGCUUGCUCAAACCAAGACUCUUUCUCGGCAGCAGAUCUCCGAUCAAACUCAAAACCUGUCAGCCUUUGAUCUUCACCUAGCUACGGACCAAAAGCUCAGAACCCCCCUAGGCUGCCACCCACACAAGCCCCUGACCCCGUCAAACUCCCUAGUCAGCGUUUUCUGCAACGCCGUUGUCUGUCAACAAAUAGAGACAUCCGAUCUUUCGAUCUGGGUGGCUAUCAACAGGCAAAUUUCGAGCAUCAAGUCUCGCGAAGUCUUUGUUCUCCUCUCCCGCCCCCGGCAUCUUCCAGGCUCUUUUACGCUGCGCAACUCUUUCGUCCGUCCACCGAGAAGUCUUAUCAGGCUUUACACCACACUAGACGCGCCAUCCCCGUUUGCCGCAGCUCUUCUGGCCGCACCGUUAAGCUUGUUCACAAAGCCACCUUGCGUCACUACAAUCCGAGCGUCAGCUUAG